GAAGCACGUGUAUAAAGCUACCAGAAUCAAAAUAAACACACGAUUCCUGACAGGGAGGACCGUCUUUACUCUUGAGCUGCAUGUCGGCUCUUUUUUAGUGUGGUAAUUUGUCAUUCAGUGCAAUAACGAUGUCUAAACCGAACAAUACAGUUGAACUUGGUUUUGUGGAAAAGUCGCCCCCGUGGAAACUUAGGUCAAAGUUUUUCCCCAGCAAGGUUGGUGGAUAUCCAGCAUGGUUAGCCCUUAAAAAUCUUCCAACAAGUGCAGAAUUGUUGUGUAAAGAAAAUUGUAGGGGUAGCGACCCGCUUGCCUUUAUGUGCCAGUUGUAUGCACCGCACCAUGAUAAAUCUGAAUGCUUCCACAGGACAGUGUUUGUUUUUGUCUGUCGAAAUCCAGACUGCAGUGAGGAAAAUGAUGCCUCAAAUAUUCGUGUUUUUAGAUCGCAGCUACGAAGAGAAAAUGAUUACUACCGUGCAACUCCAGCUGAGGAGAAAGAGGAAGGCUCAGAGAGUCCCAGUGCUGCUGACUUUAAUCCACUGUGUCGUGUUUGUGGAGCUUUGGGACCAAAGACUUGUGGAGGUUGUAAGGUAGCUCGAUAUUGUUCCAAGCCACAUCAAGCCAAAGACUGGAAGGCAGGGCAUCGGCAAGAGUGUCAGCAUCCAGAUAAAGUAAGUAAUUCAUCUUGUCCUGGAAGUAAGCAGUUUUUAUUCCCUGAACAUGAAAUUUCAAUGGAACCAGAGGAACUUGAGGAAGAAGUUCCUAAGACUGAGGAGGAAGUUAUGAAGGAGUAUGAAAAAUUGCUACUCUCGGGGCAGGUUCAAAGUACUCGCGAUGAUGAUCCUGAUACGGAAGACCUUCUUAAGAUGGCAAUGAAGGAAACUGACAAGCAGUUCCAGAGGUUUAGAACUCGCAUCAAAGAAUAUGAAGACCAGGUGAUAAGAUAUGAUCGUGGAGGGGAGCCUUUAUGGGUUUCUUCAGAAAAUAAGCCAAAAGAUAUACCGCCAUGUCCAGCAUGCAGUAAACCCUGUGAAUUUGAAUUUCAGGUAAUGCCUCAACUCCUAGUCCACUUGAAAGUUGAUAGCACAGGAAAAAGUAUCGACUGGGGCACCGUUUUAGUAUAUUCUUGUCCAGACAGUUGUGAACAGAACAAAGCAUAUAUUGAGGAAGUAGCCUACAAACAAGAUUACUCUCCUAUAUCCCAAGUAAUGAAAAACCAGAAAUGACUGUGGUAAGAUUGCGUAUUGUAUUGUUAUUACGAUUCAUAUGUGACUGACUGAUUGUUGAAGGUUGCUGUUUUUAUUAUUGUAAAUUGAGAUUUGAAAGUGCUUCUUUCCUUGAAUGAUCAUUUUUGUUUAAUAGGUAUAGUAUAUAAUAAUUUGGUUGCUGGUAAACAAUAAAAGGCUGUGUUAUAGUCACCUUGUGAUAUUACUGGGGUUUUAAUGUUAGCAAGGUAUUCUGGAAGAACUGGAAAUGACAGCCCUCAGAUCUAUGUAGGAACAUCCAGAUACAUGCCAAUGGAAAUGUAGCAUCAACAUGUGGUUCAUGCAGGACCCCAAACAGUCCAUUUCUUUCUUUCAUUGUUGCUGGAUAUGUUUCUCUUAUUUCUCCCAACCAAAUUGUUCUUCAGUUUUACACUGGUAUUACCUAAUGUGAAUCAACCUUUCUUACUUAUUUCUCAACCUAAUUGUAUUUCAAUCUUAAUUGUCUGAUUGGUCCUUCAUACCAAUUAAACACCAAAAAAAUUGGAAUAUCUUUGUUCUGUAUUUUCUGACUCAUUCUAACUACAGUACCUGUUUUUCAUAACCAGUAAAAUAAAUUUGUCCAAUCCACUAGACUUGUGCAGCCAUAGUCAUGUUCUCUUCUUGUUAAAGUGUGUGUGUGAAAUGAUGAUACAGUAGCUGAGAAUAUCUCAGAAAAAAUUAAGUUAUCUUUAUGUUGAAAGCCCCCAAUUGAAAACAGUUAUUUGUAAAAUGUGCCAAAGUUUAAUGAAGGCAAGAGAAGAUAGUAACACACUUUUUCUUUCCAUGGCAGCCUUAAAUGUUUCUAAGUACUGUAACCAAUCUGCUUCAAAACCAUUAUGAAAUAACCAUAGUAUUGGCAGUUACUUUUUCAACAAAUAGAAGAAGAAAUUUUUGGAUUUCAAAGGGUAACUGCUUUGUGAAACCAUGUGAAGAUGUCAUAUACUUUAGGCAACAACAGAUUGUAGUAUUUGGUGUGUGUAAUUACUUUUCAUUGUUAGUCAAAACGGUAUACUUUCAAUGUACUUUAUCUCUAGAUGACUUGGUAACUGCUAUGGUUUCCAUUUUUAUUUUCCCUUAGCUUCUUUUGUGAUUUAUUGUAUCAGCUUUAUUAAAAUUGAAUGAUACAAUGUUUUUCAACAGUGUGAGAGUUCUAAAUAAUUUAUUCUUUCUUUAAAGAUUUAUAUCUUCUUUUACACUUAAUUGCCUAAGUCAUGUCUUGGGAGAUACAGUUUAAUUCAGCUUUCAAACUUAUGUACCAAUAGAUUAAAGUUGAAAAGGAUUU